AUUCGCAUAGCAAGGAACUAACACCUAGACCUCUCCAUCUGCAGGCACCUUACUGAAUCACCCCAAAAUGUGUACUGGGAAAUGCUCACGUUUUGUGGGGCUCUCCUUGCUCCCCAUGGCGUUUCUGUGCAUCACCGCAAACCUUUUACUAAUCUUUCCUGAUGGUCAAACAAAAUAUACAGACCACAUCACCAUGCAAGUCUGGCUCAUGGCUGGCAUUGUUGGCGGGGGGCUAUUUGUUCUGUGUCCAGCGUGUGCGGCUGUGCGUGCUGGUGGGAAAGGCUGCUGUGGAGAAGGAUGCUGUGGGAACCGCUGUAGAAUGCUCCGCUCCAUCUUCUCCUCGCUGUUUGGCGCCCUUGGAGGCUUCUACUGCAUCGUAGUGUCUGGCACGGCGCUGAAUGAUGGACCCCUGUGCAACAACCAGGAAGCAGGACAGGUGGCAAAGUGGGGAUACCAUCUCAAAGGGUUAAACACAAGUUAUCUUUCAAAUCAGACAUCUUGGAAUGACUGCAAAGAACCCAAAAAUAUAGCCCUGUGGAACAUCACCCUGUUCUCUAUCCUUCUUGGUUUGGGGUGCUUGGAAUUCCUCUUGUGUGCCAUCCAAAUCGUCAAUGCCCUGUUUGGUGUGAUCUGUGGCGAUUGCAGGAAGAAAGGAAAGAAUGAAGCUUAAUUAUCAUAACACUCCUGCGACUAACAACUGUCUGAUCCGCAUAUGACGUUCUCUGCACUGAUACGGACUUUUGGAAAAUGUGUCUUUUUAUUUUAUUAUUCUUAUUGUGAUGUUGUUGUAAAGAUAAUACCUACUGUCAUACUGCUGGAGAGUUUUCCAGGAAUUACUUUCAUGAUCUACUGGUGAGAUCUCCUGGAGCCACUGUUAUAAUACUCUAGAGAGAUGUCCUGGAACCACUGUUAUAAUAUUCUGGAGAGAUGUUGUGGAACCACUGUCAAAAUAUUUUGGACAGAUCUCCUAGAAACACUGUCAUAGCAUUCUGGAGAGAUCUCCUGGAAGCAUUAUUAUGAUCUUCUGGAGAGGUCUCCUGGACCCAGUGUCUGGAGAGAUCUCCUGGAUCAACUGUCAUGAUCUUUAAGAUAUAUCUACUGAACCCAGUGUCAUGAUCUCUUGGAUAGAUCUCCUGGUCCUACUGUCAUGAUCUCCUAAAACCUCUGUCAUACUAUUCUGGAGAGAUCCCCUGAAACCAUUAUUAGCACUCCUUGUAGAUAUAUACUGGUGCCCUACUAUGGCGUUGCUGCCAUUAUUUAAUGAGGAGACACUCAGCAUCUUCCUACUACAGGAAUCCUUGCUAGGGCAGAAGCAGACAACAUUCAGCAUUAUAGCUUUAACAGCAUUAUGGGAGAUGUAGUCCACAACAUCUGGAGUGUCAUAGGUUACCUAUCCUUGCUAUAGGCUAUCAAUUCCAUCCUAGAGUAGAAUAAAUAAAAGAUGUUUAAGGGGACAAUGAUGUCCUCACAAGGGCAUCUGAGAG